UUCUGGCAGGAAGAAAUUGCUCGUCCCAAACUUUUUUUUCAAGAGAAGCUGUUUCUUCUUUCUGAUAUUCGUGCUUUCGAUUGUCUUCAUGUUAGGAUUGGCAGCAAUUAUCAUUUUCUUCGUCUUGAAGCCCCAAAAGCCUCUCUUUUCUGUUGAAACAGCGAAAAUAGAAUCCUACAAACUCGACGUGGUGUCCAACAAAGAUCUCUUUGUUUCAUCUUCUCUUUCUUUAACCUUAAACGCCGCAAAUCCUAACAGGGUUGGCAUAAGUUAUAGCACUUCACGACUUCAUGUCCUCGAAAAUGGAAUGGUCAUCGGAAUGAUCAAGGUUCCGCAGCUUCAUCAACCUCCUCGGAGCCAAAAUGUAAGCGUGGAAGCUCAAGUAAUACUUGAAUGCGUCAACAUAAGUGAAAUUACAUCCGGGAAGUCGAUGCAAGAGGGUUCAAGAAACGCUACUAGCAUUUCCCAAAUCAGACUAUUAGGUGACAUUAGAGCUCAAGUCCGAAUACUUCAUGUUACCUUGCCAAAGCUCAGGAUAGCCCUGGACUGUGACAUAAAAAUCGAUCCUAAACAUCUUACGUUCAAUCGCGACAUGAUCAUGAUCAGUAGCAUUAAAGAUGGAAAAGUUGCUACUGAUGUGAUUUCUCUUCCUACCGUAUCCCAGCUCUUCUCCAACAAGUGCUCCCUCGCACUGUACAUUUAGCCGACCGGGGUUAAUGCAUCAAACCUGAUCUUGCUCAAAAUUAAUUCUACAUAUGACGACGAUCAUGGUUUGUCCUGGAGGAAGGAAGGGGGAGCGGGAAGAACCACAAAUGUUUUAUCAGAGAGCCUUUCAAGCCAAUGCCACCUGGAAUACUAUUACAUGGUACUACUUAACUUGCCAUGUUUGACUUUUGGGAGGUGAUGCGAGAGCACGAUCCAAACUGGGAAGCAGAGAGCUGAGCGAGCUGCGGGUGAGUGAACUAGUACUAGCGAGGUGAGCGAAUUGACCUGCAAGAGAAACUAACGGCGGAGCUAGUUCCCGGUGUAGUUCCGACGGUCAAGUCAAUAAGAGUUUAAGGAUAGAGCAACAGCGUAAAUACUGUAGACGACGUACCUUGUCUUGGCCCAUUGUGUUGUAUUUAUAGAGUUCCUGCUAGUAGUUUCCUUAUAGGAGUACGAGUCCUAGUAGAGAGGGAGUCUUUCUAGGGCUUUGUCUGCUAGUUUCGAAAGGUUCGAGAGCCGCGGCCCACCAGGCCCAUCCAGCUGGGAAGCGACGGCCAUGCUCGAACUGUUGUCCCUCCUGCUCGAACUCUCUGUCCGAACUGUCAGGUCAUCAUGACCAAACUGACACGUGGCUCCGGUGGAUUGGCCCCACUACAGGAGGGGCUAGCUCUUUUUCUAAAUGCUUUUUCUUUUAUUCU